AUGUUUAAUAAUUCUCCAAACUUUUCCACACCAAUAAAACCAAACGGUGGCUCUAUAUUCACUGGAGCUACCAAUAAUAACAAUGCUACUACCAGUACAGGGUUCGCAUUCAACAAAACCAAUGACAACCAAAGCAGCACUGGUUCGCUAUUUCCUGGUGCUAAGAAGGAUGAAGCCAAACCAGCUAAUAAUGCUUUCUCUGGCUUUUCAUUUGGUGCAAAGAAAGACGAUAAUGCCACCACAGCACCAGCGGCCUUCUCAUUUGGGGCUAAGAAAGACGAUGCUUCUUCAAAGCCUACUGCAACUAGCUCGUUAUUCGGGACUAAGAAGGAUAAUGCUGCCACUACCACUCCAGCCAGCACUGGUUUCUCGUUUGGAGCCAAGAAGGAUGAUGCCAAACCUGCAGCAACCAACUCGUUGUUUGGUGCUAAAAAGGACGAUACUGCCACUACCACUCCAGCCAGCACUGGUUUCUCAUUUGGAGCCAAGAAGGAUGAUGCCAAACCAGCAGCAACCAACUCGUUGUUUGGUGCUAAAAAGGACGAUACUGCCACUACCACUCCAGCCAGCACUGGUUUCUCAUUUGGAGCCAAGAAGGUUGAUGCCAAACCAGCAGCAACCAACUCGUUGUUUGGUGCUAAAAAGGACGAUACUGCCACUACCACUCCAGCCAGCACUGGUUUCUCAUUUGGAGCCAAGAAGGAUGAUGCCAAACCAGCAGCAACCAACUCGUUGUUUGGUGCUAAAAAGGACGAUACUGCCACUACCACUCCAGCCAGCACUGGUUUCUCAUUUGGAGCCAAGAAGGUUGAUGCCAAACCAGCAGCAACCAACUCGUUGUUUGGUGCUAAAAAGGACGAUACUGCCACUACCACUCCAGCCAGCACUGGUUUCUCAUUUGGAGCCAAGAAGGAUGAUGCCAAACCAGCUGCCACCGGCUCUUUAUUUGGCGGUAAGAAAGAUGAGACUGGUGAUAAGAAGACCGUAUCAUUCUCUGCCACAAAACCAGAAGAGAAAAAGCCAUUGAGUAUUGUAAAGAGCACGGAAGUUGGUAGUGCUCCUGUCGCCACCAAUGCUAUCAAACCAGUAACGGUUGCUCCAGAACCAGUGUCGUUGGAACAUCAAACUGUGCAAGAUUUGAUUAAGAAUUGGGCCAAUAAGUUGGUUGUCUGCCAAAGCUUUUUCAACACAUACUCGACAUCGAUCAACAAGUGGGACGGAGUUUUAACUGAGAACUCGGAGAAGUUGUCUAAGCUCUAUUCAGAUGUUUUAGAAACUGAACAAUUAUCUUCCACAAUUGAUCAAAAUCUUUUGUAUUUGGAAAAGCAACAAGAUGAUAUUGAAAACUUCUUGGAUUAUUAUGAUAACAAAAUUAACGAUAUCUACGUGCAAGAUGAUAGUAUAUUACUUACAAAUGCAACUGAUGGUAAUAAUGUCACUGGUAACAACAAUACAGGAAGAUUGGCCAAUGAUAAAAAAAGAGAAGCCGCUUACAGUAAUGCUAUAUUAUUGGACAAAAGUUUGGAUUCUUUGACCACCGAUUUGACCACUUUGAUUAGCGAGAUCAAUGAAGUUAAUGAUACUUUUAAUGAUACAAUUUACAAGAGCACUGGUGAGGCAUCUAAGAAGGGAUCUAAGGAUGACGGAGAUGACAGUAAUGAAAACAGCAUUUCUAGUAUCAUCAAGUUGAUGAACAUUCAUUUGAAUUCUUUGAAAUGGUUGGAGAGUAAUAGUGAAGUUUUGAAGAAAAAAAUUGACAGUUACAAAAGCAUUUGA